AUGCAGUGGAUGCUCACUAGUAAAACUGUCAUUGAAGAGGAUGCCGAUGAUGAAGAUAUAAUGCCUGUCAAAUUUAACUAUACUCAAUUCACAGACUUGGCACAGUAUGUGGAUCGUAAAGAUAAAUCUGUAGAUGUCCUUGGAAUAGUUAUUGAAGCACAGGACAGAAGGGUCAUUAAUAAACAUUUCAAAGAAUCAGUUGUUCAGAAAUUCGUCCUUGUCAAUGAACAAUCACAAGCUGUCAUACUUUCUAUGUGGGAUGAUUUCAUUAAAAAUGAAGGGCAACAGAUAAUAGCUGAAAUAGGCAACUACCCUGUCGUCAUAUGUCGCAGGCUCAAAGUUAACAACUAUAAUGGAGUUGCGCUGUCGACAUGGUUUGAUUCUGCAAUCCUUGUUGAUCCUCCUGUACAGGAAGCAAGAGAAUUAAAGAAAUGGGCGAUCAGAAAUACCAAACUACUUGCAGCAAUCAUUGAUGAAAAGAGCUAUAUUAAGUAUAACCCUCAGAUAUCUGCAAAGCCAGAUCAAAAAACCAUUUUGAUUUCAAAUGUCAGACCAUCACAAAAGAAUAUAUGGGUUAAAGCAAGGUUCUCCUUUCAGCACAUAUUCCAGAAAUACUGGUAUAUGAGCUGUAAAAAAUGUUGUCGGGGCACUGCUGCUACAGAUGGAGUUAUUUUUAUGUGUAAUACGUGCAAAGAAAAACAUCCUGCUCAGCCUAGGUGUCGCUUUGAUAUGGAUUUAUGUGAUGAUACUGGUACCAUCACAGCUUCUGUUUUUGGAGAACAAGCUGAAAAGCUGCUAAAGUUCACUGCUCUUGAAAUAAUGGACCAUUUUAAGCAGAACAUUGAGCUCCCUCUGGAGGCUGUCCAUAAGGAGUUGGAGUCCAAGUGGUUUCUCGUACAUAUAAAACCAGUGCAGGCUCAAAUGUCUGAUGCAAAACAAUGCUAUACAGUUAUCUACUAUUCUGAACUUCUCAAUAGUGAUGCUGUUGAUUCCCCUGCUGAAUCUAAAAAUGCUGAAUCCAAAAAUCCUACUUUGUUAAUCGAGCUGCAAUCUGACACUGCUGACAUCGUCACUUCAGGAGCCACACCUAUUCAAGAAACCAAACCAGCUUCCAAGGCUAGACAAUGUUUAACUCAAAAAUUGGAACUCUUAGCUGAUGAAGCCAAUAAUACUUCCCGUUCUGUCAGUGAAGGCUCUAAGAAGAAGUCCAGACUCAUGUAG